AUGAGCCUCCAGGCCCGGCAGCACCACCCCAAGGUCAUUGGCGUGCUCAAGAUCCCGCAGGGCCUGCGCUCCGUCUCGCUCGCGAAUGUGGGCACGCUGGCUAGCGCAAGUGCCCAGAGGGGACAGAACGGGCACGAACUCGCACAGCGCGUCGGAGAGGAGGUGUGCCUCACGGAGGAAAACCUCAAGGACGUCGUGAGCGUUACGGCCAUGUGGCUCGUGGCGCGCGAGGAGUUUGGCGGCCUCGGCAGGCAGAAGAAGUCGAAGAAGUGA